UCCAAUGAGACAAGGCAAUAAACUUGAGGCGAGGUAGUGACAUUCGAAUAUUACUAGUCGGCAGCCAAUAGUUGUAGCCGCAGCAAUCAUAUUUUGUUUACGUUUACUGCUCCGUUUCGUUGGACAGACUAUAAAUGUAAAAUAGCAACUCGGUAGCUGUACGUCAAUAUGAAGUAGCAGUAGAUAGCUUUCAGAGUAGAUUAAGGUCUUUCCCAUUUUUUCUUAGAUCGCUUUCUUGGUUGGAAGAAAAUUAGUUAAUAUUUACCAGUGUUCUUUAUUUUUUAUAAAAUUGUUUCUGUAAAUUCAACUAAAAUCUGUGAAUAAAAUUUAUAAAAAUUACUCUUUAAACUGUGAAAUAUUCGAUAUUUCCUGUAUUUCACACAUAUGCAUAUGGAUUAAUGUAUAGUUAAGAAUAUGUUCAUGCGAUUUUCAUUCAUAUUGUUCGAUUUAUUUAAAUCCAGUGACCAUUCGGCUGUCCUACGUACACCGUUUCUCGAGCGGACCGCCUUCCAUCACGGCGUGCUCGCAGCACGCUUCAAAAUCGAUAUGUAAAUCGGCGUUAGACGGAUGAAAUGGUAGACGGACGGCCUAUAACAACGGAUUUGGGAAAUACUUGGUAAAUAGGUGGUAGUAAAGUACUUACGAGUGAACGAAGAGGCGUUGAUAAAAAGAUUAUCAGUUGGAGAUACGGUGUCGGAGGUGGACAAUACGAAACGAAAGCUUCUAUGGGAUAUAAUAUCGCGAAUUGGGAAAUGAUACGCACGAGGGAGGAAUUGGUGGAGAAAUUGGGCCUGGACGCCGCGGAUGACACUCAUACUUUAUUGAACAAUAUGGUAGACGUCAGAGCGUGCUACAAGCCAAACGGAAAAUCGUGGUUCCGUGGCGUUCGAAGCAGCAAAUUUCGCCACGUAUACGGCGUACCAGCAAAACGGGAGAAAUGCUACGACAAUAUCAAGAUCACGAAGAACGCCCACGACUCGCAAUUCUGCGCAGUGAAUCCCAAGUUCCUGGCCAUCGUAACGGAAGUGGCUGGCGGCGGAGCAUUUCUAGUCUUGCCGCUCGAUCGCACUGGUAGGCUGGAUUUUAACGCUAGUAGAGUGACUGGACACACUGGACCGGUUCUGGACAUCAAGUGGAAUCCGUUUAACGAUAACAUCAUCGCUUCCUGUUCCGACGACUGCACUAUAAAACUGUGGCACAUUCCUGACGGUGGUAUAUCACGAAAUCUGACCGAGUGGCUAGUUGAGUUGCAAGGGCACAAACGUCGUGUCGCGUACAUAGAAUGGCAUCCUGUUGCUGAGAACGUGCUUUUCAGCGCUGGCUUCGAUCAUCUUGUUAUCGUAUGGGACAUAAAUAAAGGAGAGGCUGUCAAUAUCAUCGAUAGGCAUCCUGACGUCAUUUAUAGUAUAUCGUUGAAUCGUGACGGUAGCUUGCUGGCGACAACGUGCAAGGAUAAAAAAUUAAGGGUUUUCGAGCCAAGAUCUGGCAUCGUAGUUUCUGAAGGAGUUUGCCAUGCCGGAACAAAAGCUAGCAAAGUGGUUUUCCUUGGUAGCUCUGGACGUCUUCUUACGACUGGCUUCAGUCGUCACUCCGACAGACAGUAUGCCAUUUGGAGUCAGCAUGAUUUGAACGUACCAUUGAUAUGUGAAACUAUUGAUUCCUCCAGUGGAGUAGUAUUUCCAUAUUAUGAUAAUGACACCAACAUGGUGUAUCUGGCGGGAAAGGGUGAUGGUAAUAUUCGAUACUAUGAAGUAGUAAACGAGGCACCCUGGAUGCAUUACCUCAGUCAAUUCAUCUCUGGAAAUCCUCAAAGAGGAUUAGGUAUAAUGCCAAAGAGGGGCGUAAACACAGCCAUCUGCGAAGUAUUUAGAUUUUAUAAAUUGCACGCGACUCGAGGAAUGUGCGAGCCGAUAUCCAUGAUAGUUCCUCGAAAGAGCGACCAAUUUCAAGAAGAUCUAUAUCCUGACACUGUAGGUACCUGUCCAGCUUUAUCAGCCAGGGAUUGGAUAAGUGGCAUGAAUAAUCCACCAAUUUUAAUCUCUUUGAAAACCGGUGGUAGCAUUACCACGCACAAACCACGAGUGUACAAACCACCGCAACUUCCACCGACAACCGAUUUAAAUAAUAAGAAGAAAUUCGCCUUUUUGUCUACCGAGACUGUACCAGAUUACAGGCCCAUCGAGUUUCACGAUAUGUCAGAGAAAAGCCAAAAAACUUCUAGCAAUCAAAGCACCAAGUUCCAACAGUUGCAACAAAAAUUCGGCAGUGUUGUGCUACAGAAAAAUAUCAUUUCCGCGCCACUGAACGAUAAUAAGGUCUUGGAGAAUGUAGACAUUCCUAACAACGAGGCUGAAUUAAGAUUAGCAUUUGCUCGUCAGACUGACGAGUUACGAUUGGUACGAAGGCAGCUCACGAAUAGUCAGUUACGCGUGAAAGAACUGGAAGAGCAACUUCGCAAGCUUCAGCGUCAGUAAAUUUUAUUGAAGAUCCUCAACGUAUGCGCCGAGCAAACUUCCUUGUAGCUUUGUUGCUAGUUGUAUGAGAAACAUGGUACUUAACGAACAAAUAACGCAUACGUGUAUUGUUCAUGGCAAUCUAAAUGUCUAAGCUUUCGACAAAAUUUGCACAAAAGGAAAAAGAAACAAAAAAUAAAGGCAGUGCAAAAGGAUAUUUAAAGGUGUCCGAAAAACUUUCAGAACUGAAAAUAUACACUGGUUAUAUAUUAGUAACAUAUUAAUGCAGUUAUGUAAUUCUCUCUAGUGUAUCUUGUGAACGAUAUACGAUGCAUUUUUAUAGCAUUUCUCGUUUCUCUAUACGUUAUCUUCUCUCUUUGCAAUUUCUCGUGUGGCGAUCUUGUACCGUUGUUAGAAGAAAACGCAGCAAUGAAGCAACAAUAAUUUAGUCAAUUUUUUUAGAACGCAGUUCGGAAACAUGUUCUGCUGUAGAGAAACUGAACAAAAAGAAAUGAACAAAUGAUUGUGAUUUACACUAUUGCCUUCACUAUACAGACGAGUUUUUGUCUAUAUAAAAUGUUGAUAUUUCUCCGAGAUGCAACGUCUCAUGUAUGCAACUUUUGCACGUUUUAGCAAGUGUACUUCCCUUUCUGUUAUACGAAGUUCAAUGCGUUUCUUUCGCUUGCACAUCAAGGUAUAAAUAUACACACGUUACAGCUAUUAUACGAAUUUCUCCAUCUAUCCGAGGAACUAAUUUUUCAUUUGAAGUUAUACGUGCGAUCAUAACGAGGGAGAAAGAUCAGCUUAAUAUAAAGAUGUAAAACUUGGACAAAGUAUUAAAUGUUCAGUACAUGAAGAAUUGUACCUGUCUUGUGCAUACGCACGUUUAUCGUAUGCGACUCGUUCUAUAUAGAAUUGUCGUACAUAGAGUGAUAGAUAAAUACAGAGAUAUUUAGGAGUUGCGUAGAGGAUAUUAUGGACGCAAUAAAAAAAAAAAAAAAAAGAAAACGGACAUCAUUCGGAGAUUCGAAAAAUAGCACAAGAUGCAAGGACUAAUUAUGACUAAUAAUUAAAAUUAAGAUUUCCUGGAAACGAGAAUCACAGAAAAAGAGAUAGUUCGAUGAAUUUUCUGUAAUACUUAUUUUGUUGAUUUCUUUCAAAUGAAUUUAUGUAUUAAUAUCUUGGCGAUAUUUACAAUCGCAUUUAUGUCGUUUGAUUUGUUUCCUAUACUGAAUUAACGUUUAUUUCUCGAUGUUAAUAAUCAGUUAUAUUUAUUAAUUCCAUUAUAAUGGCUGUACAUUAAUCAAUCAACUAACUUAAAACUAUUAUUGUGUUCUAUUUCAUAUACGUCCCGUUUUUCUUUUUUUCCAUGCGUAAGGUAAUAUAAUAACGACGGUGUAUCUAGCUUAUUAACGUUUAAGCUAUCUUGUAUUGUCGAGUGUAUUGAUCACUGCCACAUUCACUGCCAUGGUACCUGUGGCAAUACAAUGUUUUCUUUUUCAGCGAACACAUGGCAGUGACGAUAUUUAUUAUACACUAUAAUUAGUUUCGAAUCUUAGGCUGACACUUCUUUUAUACAAUUAAAUACAUAGAACUUGUAUGUAUAUGCAUAGAGGAAAUUUUGUCAAUCAGAGAGAAAGAAAGCAAAUGGACCUAGAGUGAUCAAGGAUGAUUAAGUAAUUAAAAAGAAGGAAGAAAACAGUAGCAACUUUUUAUUCACUUCUAUUCAUAUUAUUGUAUAUGCAAAAUAAUGCUGAUAUAUGUGUGUCAAAUUAUAUAUUUCUAGGACCAACAAACCAGGAAAGAAAUUGUUAGCCACAAGAAAUUCUAUUAUUGCUUAGUAGCGAUCAGAUUUAGUAAUGAUUUAUAUACACUGUUUAUACAUAUAUAUAUGUAUUUUUCAUACGAUAUAUAGUUGUAAUUUCGAGCGAAGAAAAUGUAAAAAAAAAAAAGGGAGAAAAAGAAAGAAGAAAGAGAACACGAGUGAAUAUUCUAACAAUAACUAAUGUAUAUGCUUGUGUUCAGUGCACAUCAAUUAUUGUAACGAAAAAAAAAGAAAAAGAAAAAAAAGAAGAGGAAAAGAAACGACACAAAAUAUGAACACAAAAAGAAAACUCAUUACUGAUGUGAGCUUUAUCAUAUGAUGAAUGUUCAACCCGAUUUACGAGAACUGAUCAUUAAUACAUGUAGCAUGAUGGCAAAAUAUCACUCCGAAAUAUUUCGCUCUGUGUUACAUUUAAUAUUUUAAACACAGCCAUACGUACGGUUAGAGAAAUCAUUAAUCAUUGUGUUAUCAAGGAUAGUAGACUAUGUAUUGCGUUAGUCGUCAGGUAUCUUAAUAUUAUCGAUAUUAUGCUCGAUAUUAGCCUGUGUGUGCGUUCUUUUUCUUUUUACAACUAUAAAAAGACAACUUAUUAUACGAUGGAGCUUGCAUAAAAUAUGUGCAUUUUUUGCAAAAAGACAAAGGGAAAGAAUGAUUUCCAUCAUAAAAACCGCUUCGCAAUCAGUUUCGCAAUCUUAUAAUCUUUGUAUUACUCGACGAAGAUCUUUUGCUUGACAAACACAUUAAUAUGAACACGUGUAUCGUCGUAUUGAAAAAUGCUAUCCUAUGUACCGUUCGCUAUAUAAACGUGGAUAUACCAAAGAACGUGCAAGUACCUUACUACGGAUCGUCGUGAGACAAUUUUGUUACCACCAGUUGAGCGACUAUAUCAUAUUAUAUUUAUACUCAGAAAAACGAGUACGUGAAUGUAAGACGAGUGGAGGAUUCUCGUUUGAUGAAAAUAAAGAACAAAACAUUCGAUCGCA